AGCAAUUCCAGUCUUGAAGGAGAGGCAAAGAAUUGGGCUGUGCCCGUCAAGCCACCUCUCGUCAGCCAACCUUUUGUCUCAUUACACAGCGCACAAAUGGCUUCCACCGGCCCUAUCCAUUGGGGGCUCCCUCGCCCGGCACUGUUCAAGUUUCCUCCGAAGAACGUGCCAGACUUCAUCACGCCCAUCUCGGUACAGUCCCACGGCUCAUCAGCCUUUGUGCCCCCUUUCCACAUUCCCGACAAUGUGUACUCUGCUUGGCUGGAUGCGAGGGUGCCGAUUACGAUUGCAGCCACGUAUGCCAUCACCAUAAAGCUCCUGAAUGCCUACAACAAGUCGACAAACAAGAGGCCAUGGGCAAUCAGCAAGACCAGAGCCUUCUUUUGGUUUGUUGUGGCGCACAACGUUUUCCUCGCCGUCUACUCGGCUUGGACAUGGUGGGGGACGCUUGGCAUGCUGAGACGCAGUAUUCUCAGCCCAACAGGGCCAGCAGGCUGGGCCGGCACCGCGGACAGCUUCUGCCGUGUCUUUGGCCCCCCAGGUGUCGGCAAUGGCAUCUAUUUCAGUGAUGCUGACCACCGCUGGCACAGCCAUGCGCACGGUGCUCCUCUCCCCGCUGGCCCCGACCGCACCACCAGCGGCCGUAUGUGGAACGAGGGACUGGCUUUCUACGGCUGGCUGUUCUACAUCAGCAAGUUCUAUGAGGUUAUUGACACCUUGAUCAUCAUUGCCAAGGGCAAGCUGAGCUCGACUCUGCAGACAUACCAUCACGCGGGUGCUAUGAUGUGCAUGUGGGCUGGUAUGCGCUACAUGAGCGUGCCCAUCUGGACAUUUUUGUUCUUCAACUCUUUCAUUCACGCGAUGAUGUACACGUACUACACCUUGACUGCUUUCCACAUCAAAGUGCCUGUGUUUAUCAAGCGCACAUUGACGACCAUGCAAAUCACUCAGUUCGUUGUCGGUGCUUCCUACGCGAUGAUUCAUUCCUUCGUGUCCUACACCGUCCCGGUUGCAUUGAACGGGAACCCGGUCACUGCGGCACCAGGCGCUGCGGCUACUCCAGCCGGCGCAGCCACCACCAACCAAGCCAUCAUCGACAGCAUGAAGAACAUGAUUGGCGGUCUUGUGGGCUCCAAGCCCGCUACUGCCGCUGACGCUGCUCCUUCUGGUAUGUACAGAGUUGCCGGUCUUUCGGACACGACUGCAUACGGACAGCGCGUUGUGCCCUGCAUUUCAAGCACUGGUGAAACAUUUGCUAUCUGGCUCAACGUGCUGUACUUGGCGCCACUCACCUAUCUGUUCGUCAUGUUCUUCAUCUCGUCAUACUUGCGCCGGUCCAGUGUGGACGCUGCCCGCUUCAAGAAGGGCACCUCGGCGCGUCGGGAGAGCAACGUGGCUCUUGCCGAGAAGGCGGGAUGGGAGGCUGCCCGUCAAGUCGAGAAAGAGGUCUACGGUGGCGAGGAUGUUCAGGUUCACAUGAACGGCAAUGGGAAGCCAAAGUCAAACGGUGUCGUUGCGAGCCCCAAUGGCAAGGCUCGGUCGAAGGGCAAGAGGAGGUAG